AUGUUUGCAGAUGACACAACUUUAACAAGUUCGGGAUACUCUAUGCAGGAAGUUCAUUCAAAUCUCCAAACUGACCUUGACAAUGUUACCACAUGGUGCACACAAAAUGCAAUGAUAUUAAAUGCCACAAAAUCUAAUGCAAUAAUACUUAAGAAAUGGCUGAAGGACGUGGCUUCACAUCAAUGUCAAUCAGAGACGGUUCAGAUGCUGACUUCGAAAUUAUCUGUACGCCAUGUUUGGAAGAUAACAUCAGAGAAGAAGCUGUCAAAUUUUGUGCAGAAUGUAACCAGUACAACAUGUACCAGGUAUCACAGAAGAAUAGCGGCUUCAAAAUCGCACAAGCUUCUGGAUACAGAUGAUGCCAAAACCGCGUCAGUAUCUUCCAUGGUAACAAAAUGCCGAUAUCAUCCAGAUCGAGACAUUGAGAUGUACUGUGGAACACAUGACAUGGUCUAUUGUACAAAAUGUAUAGCCACGGAGCAUAGGACUUGUGAGAGUGUAAAAUACAUAGAAGACAUAACGACACCUUCUGUCCAACAAAAUGAAAAACAAGGUUUACAAGAUGAAGCUAAAGCUAUUCACGAUCAGUUAAUUGCUGCAAACAAGAAGAAACAGAAAAAUGUCGGUUCCCUUGAAGAGCAAAGAAACGAAAUACUGCGCAAUAUUCAUGAUAUCGAAAGAAAUUUAAUAGAACAUAUCGGGAAAUUAAAAAGAGAAGCAGUUGAGAGUUUGAACAAAAGGUAUUCUGAAAUAAAUAGCGAAAUGGAAUCGGAAAUCACCUUGACGGCCAAUACAAUAACAGAAGUCGACAAGUCAACAAGUAUGUUGCAAAGUGUAAGCAAUAUGAAUGCUAGACAACAAUUUGUUCAAAUGAAAUUGAUAAAAAGGACUGUAAAAGAUGCUAAGAAAUUGUUCGAAGAAAGUGAGCCACAUGCUACUAGGGUUGCUCGUUUUACUGAAAAUGUGGAUUUGAGAACCGUCUUAAUGACUGCCACUGAAUUAGGAUGUUUUGAGACAAUGAAUAAAAAUCAGAAGCUGCCUACUCCAAAACAAUAUAAAAUGAAAUCAAAGAAAGCAAUUAAAGUCAGAAUGCCAAAUGAUAAUACUGAUUGCUAUAUAUUUGAUACAUGCCAGCUUCAUGACGGUACGAUCAUACUGACUGACUGUAAUAACAAAAAAGUGAAAUGGCUUGACGUGAAUUAUAAAGUAAAGUGUCAUUGUAUUCUCAAUGACCGUCCUAGGGACAUCUGUUGUACUACCCAGAAUGAAGUUGCUGUGAAAAUGAACAACAACAAAGUUCAGUUUAUAUCGGUUGAUAGUUCGUUAGCUAUACUGAGAGAUAUAUCGAUAGAAGGUGGAAGUUACUGGGGAAUGGCAUAUAUUGCUGGAGAUUUGUGGGUAUCCACCGGAAGUGGUAUCAAUGUGUACAGUAGAUCCGGUACACUUCUGAAGUCUAUCAGCAAUAACGUAAAUGGUCAGAGAAUAUUUAAAUCUUCUCCUCAGCAUAUUGCUGCCAGUGGAGAGAAUGUUAUUGUAGCAGAUGGAAGUGAUGGGGCUGUGUGUUUAGGAAGAGAUGGAACAGCGAAAAGUGAACUGCGGGACGGAAGGCUGAAUUACACCCAAGGUGUUUGUGUAUCUAGUGAUGGCACCGUGUUUCUGUCUGGAUAUAGUUCCCGAAAUAUUGUGAUGUUUAGUGGUGAUGGAAAUUGUAAAGGGGAGCUGCUAACGCAAGAAAUGGGGUUAACAUAUCUUGGUUCGCUCUACUACGACAACAAAAGAAAUUGCCUAAUUCUAGAAUGUCAUAGAAGAUGUGAUAGUAUUUACAUACUUGAAAUGUGCGAUUGA